AGACGUGAAAACAUUGUCGACGAGAGAGGCAGUGCUUUCGACGAGUAUUCAGCGGACAGACACAGGGUUAGCACAAAGCCCACCUCGGAGGAGUGAAAAAGCAGAGCAAAAUGCUGCAGGUUCCAAAAAAUGUCCAACAAAGCAGUUCGCAUUAGAUAAAUGUAUGAAAAACAAGUCAAUCAAAGUUAAAAUGCAUCAUGUUCCAAAGUAAUGUGAUUACGCGAAUGAAAAAGUGCAGUUUCACAAUAGGCGAGCUGUGCGUAGUUAGUGAAAAAGUGUUCUCUUUCUCGUCGAAUGAUUUUUUUUUGUUCUGCUCCGAAGAGGAAAAAAGAGCCCAUCGCCGUCGUCGUCGUCGACUAGCAGCAGAAGCAGAAAGCGAAGGCAGCAGCAGCACCUCUGCUUUGCUGAUGAAAAUGUAGCCCAUUUUUGGGUGAAAAAUGGACGAAAAGCGUGGAUAAAUGUAAAACAAGUGCAACCAAAUACGUGCAUUGUAAAAUAUGUGUAAUAUCCGUGCAGUGACGGUGCACGAGCUAGUGAACAAUUUUCUGAAUCCUCGCAGGCAGGAAUUCGAGGUGGAAAAAUCAAUACUAAUAUAAAAAUUAACAAUGGCGGCUGUUUAGUUCGGGGAGGAGUUUUAAAUCGAAUCCUCAUAGAAAAAAAACCUACACAACAUGGUGAUAUGAGUAACUUACACAAAUAAUAUAAUUGAUAUUAUAGCUAAAAUAAAAGAUUAGUAGCAAAACAGUUACUACUAACUCAAAAAUAAGCAAAGUAAUAAGAAGGGUAUCAAAUCGACUAAACAACCUAAGGAAAACCACGAGCAGCUUUUGUUUUCUUCAUUUCUAAAAUGUUCAAGCAACCUAGGGAAAUUCAGCGUAAAGUCGAAAGGAUUAAACUAUUAAACAUUUCACUCAAGUCGUUCAUUUUCUCUCGUGAUUAUUAUAACAUUCCUACACCAUCAUUUUCAUCAACGUCGUCGUCGUGGUCGUGGUUAUUAUCGUCAUCGAAACAAGGAUACCAUUUGAUUAGUACACCACACAACAUCAGUAGAAGCAAAACGUUAUUAUAUAGGUUGAUUGUUCAAACUUUUUUGGCCUUGUUCUUGGUAACAAAAUGCUGUGACGCAGCGAAGCAAGAUGCUUUACAAAGUAGCACGGGGUGCGCUUUUCCAAAACGAUGGGAGGGACGAUGGUUUCAAUCUGGGGUACAACAGGAAAUUACUAUAGAAGGAUCAACUUUAAGUACUAGGGGAAGAUGUAUCGCUAGUGAGGGAGACAAAUUUUUAUUAGUGAACGAAAAAGGAUGUCAUCGAUGCGUUGUAAUAUACCAGAAGCAUAUAAACAUACUACAGUAUAAAGAAAGUGAGUGUGAAGAUAUGUAUUCAGGCCAGUUGAAUCCGGCUGCAAUGCCUAUUCAUAGCGUUUUAAAAAGUGAUCAUAGUCGGGGGGCUCAUCCCAACAUGAACGGGCAUUCACGAUUAUCGUCAUCGGAUCCGUAUAUACGAUCCAAUGAAGAUAGCGACAAUUGUAUGGGAUGCAAGGGACGCGAAACGUUACACUACCUUUGUGAGCAAAUCCCCGGCGAUGCACUACUCUACAGUAUGUUCAAGAUCAACCCAGAGCCCAUCAAAUGUCCACUGUCGGGUUCAUUCACUUUUACGUACAAUCGAGGUCAUGGAGAGUGCAAGAAUCCAGUAUCCAAGAUGGAUAUGUGUACAGAAGACAGCAGGUUACUGUUAAAUUUCCAGGCCUGUCCAGACGUAUCCGGUACAGAGAGCACAGUGGAAGAACUGACUUGUCUUGCAUGGUGGAAGGAUGGCAAUUCCCGGUAUCUGGUCGGACUGGUUUCACACUACCAUGCGACCUCGAACGAGGAUCGCUUCAGGUGCUUUGUGUACGAAAAGAUCAGUGGGUCAGGAGCAGCGAAUGCAGACGCUGAAUACAAGCUAGCUCAGUCCGGUGAUGCUACCUGUAAUGGGUUGGAAAGUGCAGAAGUUGGUUCGCGAAUCAUGACACUGAAGCGCGCUCCGAUAACGGAACGGUGUGAUUUUCCGGCGUGGUUCAAAGGCCCUCGACAUUGGCAUGCACUGAUGGGAAACGCAAACUACAUUUUCCAUCCGAGUGACGGUUCGUUACACAUUGUGAAGCCAAGUGGGUAUAUGGAAGCACGGGCGCUCUGUGAGCAAAUCAACAAACAGACGACCACUGAGAUGAUGGCCGUCGUUCAUCAUACAACUGGAUGCACAUCUGGGUACAUGUGUGUGAUGUUCUAUCGACGAGAUACUCACGUAGCUGAGCUACAGAUGGGAACGCCCGCAGCUAGGCUGGAGGAUGCGUGUACGACUGAAAAUUUUGACGUGCAUCGGACUCCGUUUGUUACUUUAUUAGCUAAUAACCCGGAGACCCAAAUCUGCCCGAUGGAAGGGUACUACUCAAUUAAAGGUUUCCUCAUUCCUUCCUCGUCGAUUUCAAGGCACAAACGAAAUCACAAUAACAAGAGUCGGAUGCACAGGCAUCGGGAGGUGGUAAGUUUCCGCAAUCAGGAAAAUGCGGACAGUUACUACUACAGCAUGGAGAAGCGAAAAGCUUUUUCUCGAAUGAGGCGGACGGCCGCAGUGGCACAGGUGCUACAACAGCCUAGUGAUAAUGUCACACAAGACUUUUACAAUUUAGAAUCUACCCGAGCUCGUAGAGAAACGAUGGGAUGUAAUAUUAAUCACAAUACCAACAGACGUUUAUAUAUAGGAUGUAAUGAAAACACUGUAAUAGAAGUUAAGCCAAAAUGUAAAAACGACGAAGAAGAAACGUACACCUGCCAUGGUCACUGGCAGGAGAACCAGACGACGUUCAUCAUCGCGAAACAUCUCAGUUCGCAGCAUGGCGUCUGCAUCAGCUACGUGCCAAUAGAGGGAAACCAGGUGCAAGUAUACGCAGGUGAUACGUGUCACAGACCCGGAAUGCUUCAAGCCGAAGCUGGUGCGACGACAACGGGCGGGUUCGGAGGUGGUGGCAACAGUGGCGGAGUAACCACUACUCAUAAGACUAUGUCAAACGUUACCGUUAUAGGCAAAUGCGGCGACACUAGCACAUCGAUCACGCUACAUUACCGUAACAAUAGCUGGAUGAUUCUCACUGUAUUAACGAUAGUGCUAUUUAAUUCUAUUCUAAGAUGAUCAUAUUGUACAGUCAGUAAACAACAAAACAUGUCUGAUCUUAGAAACGCAUAGUUCGCUAAAUUACCAGACAAAAAACUAAACAAAUUGAGCAAGGGGUAGCCAUAUGACAGAGAUACACCCAAUAAACACAAACAAAUCGAAGAAAUGGUGUACAUCCAUGUACAAAGUGACAGAGAGACAGAGACGUAGAUCCUAAAUAAACUUAUGAGUUUUUAUUGUUUUA